GCAUUAUAAAGAUUACAAGGGCAGGUCCAUGCAGCCAUAUCACAAACCUCUCUUUCUGAACACAAUAUAACAUAGUGAAUCAGGACAUGCUCCUAACUUCUGUUAGUUGUGUUGAUACUCUAGGAUUACUGACUUAAUUUACUGAAAGGAGUUAAGAAAGAGUGAUUAGUUGUAAGUUUACCAGAGAAACAAGGACACUAUGGCUGCAUUAGGGCUUGAGAUUCUGGGAAUAUCUCUGUCUGUUCUCGGCUGGAUCCUCAGCAUUGUAUGCUGCGCCCUUCCUAUGUGGAGGGUCUCCGCAUUCAUUGGAAACAACAUCAUCACAGCUCAGGUUUACUGGGAGGGCAUUUGGAUGAGCUGUGUCUUUCAGAGUACCGGACAGAUGCAGUGUAAAGUCUACGACUCCAUUCUGGCUCUCCCUCAGGACCUGCAGGCUGCUCGAGCUCUGACCAUAGUGGCCAUUGUUCUGGGCAUCCUGGCUCUUCUGGUGUCCAUUGUGGGAGCUAAGUGCACCAACUGCAUCGAGGAUGAGGCUGCCAAAGCCCGUGUGAUGAUUAUUUCUGGUGUCACCUUCAUAACUGCAGCCUUCACACAACUCAUCCCCGUGUCUUGGUCAGCAAAUACCAUUGUUCGGGAAUUCUACAGUCCAAUUGUGCUCCCAGCUCUUAUAGCAGGAAAGACUAUGUCUGAAGGUAUCUCAGCAGCUUUAGAGAGCAUUAGAGGCAUAUGAGCACAGAUGCCUCAAGCUGGACAUGCUUUAACUGGAGUGUGUUAAUACAUUACACAUCCCAAUACAUGGACAUCUACAGGACAGGAUGAAAUGAAUAUUUAUUUUUGUUUUGUUUUUUUCUUUUUGUUUAAUAUGCAUUAUUAAAAUGUAAUUCUUAAUAAACAUUAUACAAUAUAUCUCAGUAUCAAUUUAGACACAGGGAAAGUUUACAAAAAAUAGGCCCUUGGACUAUUGAUAUUGUGUUCGGCUGUAAAAAUAGUUUCCAGAGUUAUCGAUUUUAGGCGUUUAUUAUUUAGUAAACAUAAUUGACUGUUUUUGACAUUGUGAUCACAUGAUAAUCAAUAUCUAAGUUUGAAUGUACUACCAAGCAAAGAAGAUUAAGUUUGUGAAUGAUUAAAAUCUGUACAUAAGUAAA